UUGCAAACUGUCAAUAUUUUUGGGAAAAUGAACAUUUAAAAUCUUAAAAUGAUGAUGCAAGCCGCACCGAUUCCAGCGGCGCCUUCGGAGCCCUACGCUUAUGUCAAGGAGCCCUUGGUCCAAGUAGAACAAUCUACAUUGGAGGUCACACCAGAACCCCACAUUCUACAAGAUUUAUCAUCAGUCGACCGGCUGUUCAUCACAAAGCGUCUACGAGUUAGGAAUGUACUGUUUUUGAGGGGGAAGAAGAACAGAUUCUUCGUGAGGACUUCAAAUCAGAAUUUGGUGUAUACCAUCGAAGAACAAAAUAGCUGGUGGGUGGGCUACUUCUGCUAUGGAUUGAGACCAUUACAGUUACACGUCAGAGACGGUUCUGGAAAAGAGGUGAUGCGAAUCAAUCGUCCUUACGCCUGCACGUCGAGGAUAUUACCGUGUCAGUUGCAACGCAUCCAGGUAUUUUCUCCGCCAGGCACGAUGAUAGGGAGUAUCGAGCAAGUCUGGACAGCUGUGAGGCCAGAAUAUGUUGUGAAACGAGAAAAUGGCGACCGCAUAUUUUGGUUACGCGGUCCUCGAGUGACCAUCAGCUGUUUCCGUGACAUCCAGUUCCACAUUUACGACAAUGAUGGUAUAGCUGUUGGCAGCACUUGUAAGCGCUGGCAAGGGAUACUACACGCCAUGUUCUUGGCACCCGUCACUGACAGAUUUGGUGUGGCCUUCAAUAGAGAUCUCAUCGUUCAAGAUAAAGCCUUACUUCUAGCGGCGACAUUACUGCUAGAUUAUAUGUAUUAUGAUGUUUAA